AUGGACGAAAACAUCGGUCCCAGCCAUGAAGGGCCCGCGGCCGCUUUGUCUGCGAGUGCCGCCUCGCACUUGAUGACCAGCUUCGCCGCCUACGAGCCCAUCUCGCGUGCCACCUCGCCCGGCCUGCCCUUUUCCAAGUCCGACGACGACGACAAGAGGCGAUACCGACAACGAACCUUUGCAUACUUCCGCCAGCUGCCCUUUGAGGUUGAGGAGGAGGCCCAGCGCGAUGCUGCUCUCCACGGCAUCCUCAAGCAGCUGUACAUAUCCAUCCAGGCCGAGGACUUCUCUCCCGGCGCUCUGCACUGGACUAGGGAGCUCCAGGGAUGGCUGAAUCUCAAGUUUGAGAUGACCAGGGACGUCAGGGCCAAACUGGCCAAGCUAUACUACUCCCUGGCCCUGGCUCCCGGCAUAGAUAGCAAUGUUGCGGACAGAUUCGUCCGAAUGGCCGUCAAUCUGACGAGGAAGAAUCACUAUCUGAAGCCCGGCGAAGAUCUGACCCUCGACUGGAGACUGCUCUGGGGAGAGGUCAAAGCAUACGUGCUCCCCUCCGAAGUAGCGGCUCACCAGGCCAGCCGAAGACGAGCUGCCAAGCAGCUCUUGAGGCUGUCUCUCAAUGCACACACGUACUUUGAUCCCAGAGAGAGGUUGGCAAUACUGCAAGAGUUUCUGCCCUACUUCAGCCUCAACGAUUUUCAGAACGCAUUCGUCGUAAUAGGAGCUCUCAACAGCCUCCUGCCCAGCCAUCCUGCCCCGGAGUCAGAUGUGGGAUCGCACCCGGCCGACUUCUUCCCGACUCUCUUCCACUUGUGGUCUUUGGUCAACCGAUCAAAGGUUGUCGAUGUGGCCUUUAUUGACUUGCUCUCUCGGAUAGCGAGGGACCAUAGCAACUGCUCCUACAUCCCCUUUGGAGAGCAUGGCAUUUUCACAAAGGCUCAGUCCGACCUCGUCUUUACGGCAAUUUUGCGGUUGACCCAGAUUCCCGUUGGUCAGGCCAAUUCGCCCUACUCACCCCUCGAUUACCUGUCUGGAACUGGCGUGUAUUUCGAGAAAGACAAGAAAAAGUACCCGAUUGCCUACAUGGUUGCCCGGCUCAUAGUGAGCUCUCUGUCUCCCAUCUGCUGUGAGCACGAUGAGUCCAUCAUGUCGAGCCUAGAAGGCUUGAUAGAGUCUAUCGAUACCUUCUUCCACCCUUCCAACCAGGGCGCGUGGUCAGGUAUGCUUGCCCAGCUAGUUCUGUACUUGACAGACGCCUUUGUGUCCCGGUGGAACCGUGAGCAGAGUUCGGAGCUAGAAGUUCCAAAAGAUCGUAAGAUCAAUGAUGCCUUGAAGAAGCGCUUCGUCAACUCGCUCAAGGAAGUCACUUUUAUGGGCAUUUUCUCCAAGAGCACUCGUGUUGCGCAAAUCUAUAACAAUGCACUACAGGGUCUGGCCUACCUAGAGCCUGAUCUGGUCCUCCCUGGUGCGCUGCAGCGCUUCUACCCGAGUCUUCAAGGCUUGGUUGAGGUUCACAGGACCACCUCUAGUUUGAAUGGCCUGCAAAUGAUUGCAAACGUCAUGUCCAAGCUCAAGGGCUACCGCUGCCACAUUACUGCUCUCUUGGCCCUGGCGCUUCCUGGCAUCGACGCAAAUGACCUGAACAAGACGCAGUAUACCCUGCAUUUCAUCCAGGCCGUGGCUUAUAGCAUUCCCAUCGUUCCACUGACGAGCGGAGAGAGUCAUAUCCACGACACGACUUUGGCCAUGGAAUGGGUGCAAGGAGAGAUGGCCCGCAUGGAACUCGAGGGUCAGAAUGUCAAGAUUGACUACAAUUCCGAACUCACAGACGAGGACGAGGCCAUGAUCUUGAGAUCCUCGACUGCCGGUUUUGGCGAGUUCAUCAUUACGCUCUUGGGCAAAGUCUUCACGUUGCUGGAGAAUCUUCCUGAUGCUAACCAGGUGAGGGGAGGGACACCGGAGGACAGUGUUGUCAAUGCUCUACCCGCCGCCCUUUCGCCUCUGUUCGCAUCAAUGUCGCCGGAUCUCUUCGACAUUACCCUGGAAAAGAUUGCGACGUUUGUUUCAUCGCACGUCGUCCACCAAGCCCGUGAUGCCAUGGCUUGGAUCCUCAACGCCCUCUGCAAGGUCAACCCAGAGAAGACGCUCAAGGUAUUUAUCCCUAUGCUCGUGGUCAAUAUUCGCAACGAGAUCGACCUGAACCACGCAGCUUCCGAUCGCACUAGCGGCACAGACUAUCUGCCCAGAGAUCGAGCCCUGGUGUGGCAUGUCACCAUGCUAGCCAUGGCUGUUGUGCACGUUGGCCGCGAGGUCCUCAAUUACAAGGAGGAACUGCUUGGUAUUGCGCAGUACAUGCAGGAAAAGUGCCGAGGCCUGCCUACUAUUCUUGUCUCAAACUACAUCCAUCAUCUGUUGCUCAACCUGACGCACACAUACCCCAUCGACCAUGCCCUGUACGAACCUGAGGUUCUCGAGAGGGGUCUUGAUGUCACCGACUGGGGAAAGACCACUGCACCGGCUGAUCUUACCAUUAAAUGGCACCAGCCAUCGCCGCCAGAGAUUGAGUUUGCCGUGGAGCUUUUUGCUUCGCAGACCAAGUCAGCAGCGGAGCAGCUGGAGCUUUUGAUAAGCGAUGAUCCGCCCGUGAGUCGAAAGGGCAAGAACAAAGAGUGGUCCGACGAGGUAUCCCGCUUGAUGCAGCAAAUCCGUCUGGUCACCAGCGGCAUGGCUACCAUGUUUGAUCCGAAGAGGGCCUCGGGAGAGACUGCUGAGAAGGAUGGCCAAGGUGACGACGUCAACAUGGAUGUUGAUGAAGAAGAAUCCGAAGAUGUGGGCAUGGACGACGACCCCCUUGCGGAGGUGGCUGAGGAUGAAGAGCUGCGUCCUCAGUACAGGUAUAAGGCAGGAUAUCUGCUUAGUCCAAGUGACCCUGCCUAUGAGCGUAUCCAUGAGUUGCGCGAGCAGCUUGGUCAGCUGUUGACCAAGACACACGCGUUCCUCACCCAAAACGAGGAAGAUGAUGUUGAAUGUUUCACAACAUUGUACAUCGCUUACCGCACAUGGAUCACAGAUGUUGGUAUCGAACGGUCAGCGCACCCAUUGGAAAGACAUUUGCGGCUGUACAAAUGUGACAUUGCUGCCUUCAAGAUCAAGGGCCUGAGAAAGGUUUACCCCCGCCCUCUGCUCAUCAAGCGUGCCGAGGCGUAUCAAAUGCUGCGCAUGAAGCACAAUGCAUCGGCUCGGCAAAAGAGCGAAUUAGACAAGCGGCUGUUGCUAGAUCUUGCACAGUCGUGUCUCUCCUCAUACGCAGAUGUCCGUCGUAUUGCCCAGGGCGCUCAGGAUUCGUCGCUCAAGGUGCUCAUCGGGGGUAAGCCCCUGGUUAUCCCCGUCCUCUUGGAGGGCUUCAAAAAGAGUAUCGAGCAAAACGACCACGACCGGGUCAAGGGAGCCAUGUAUUCCCUGUUUUUCACGUCACUGUUGAGAACGUUGAUCAGAGACUGGAGAUUUGCCCCCGAAGCCUUGCGUCUCUACAUCGAGACGGCUAGUAUGGACAAGCCUUCAAUACAAAGCCUCGGGACAUCAGUUAUAUAUACGCUGGUCGAAUUCGGGAAGCCAUUCGAGAAGACUGUUUUGAUCGACACCUCAUUGGUUGAUACGAUCAAGCCCGACGAAGAUGUUUCAUCGGCAAUUCGCACUCGGAACCAAUUCAUAUUGCAGAGGCGAGACAAAGUGGAAGCCUCCAAGGCGGAACUCGGGCUCUGGCUGACCAAAUUGGCCAAGGGAGCUCACUGGAAGAUAGCGUCCCGGUGUGCCAUUUUUGCAACGAACCUUUGCCUCCGCUUCGACACAAUCGCCCCUGAGGAAUUCGUGGACUUGGUUGCAUACGGUACCAAUGACCCGCAUCCUGGCCUGAGAAACUACUAUCUCUCCGCCUUUACCACGCUUUUCUCGACUAUUGAUAUGCGAGCGGUCUAUGAUCACGAUUUCAACAACUAUCUACAAGAAAAGGAAGUGGAUUAUAGGAAUAAGAUCCAAAUCCCCGUUGAGAAAGGUGACGCCGAGUUCACCCAAAAAUUCCUGGAUGCAUUUGAAGGGUCCCCCGAGGAUGCCGAGUACAUGGUGGACGCCGACCACCCCGGAUGGCUGGUCUGGGGUAAAAGCUUUACCGCGUUCCGUGCUCGUCCGAAGUACUUUGACAACUACGACGACACCGAGCGAGCAGUGCGUGACCACAUUGGCAAGAUUCUGACCAAGGAGUGGGUCUCUCAAUGCUUCGAAUACCUCAAACAGGAGCCUCGAGAUUCUAGUACGGACAGAUUCCGCAUGCACGAGGUUUACCUUCUCAUGCAUGUGUUCGAUCUGAUGCACUAUGGCCGGACGGUCGUCACCCUGGAAGACAUCAAAGAGCUCACCACAGACAUCUACGGGGACGGUAAUGAUAAGCAUCAGCACCGUGCUACUUCGGAGAUUCUUGGUGCGUUACUUGCCGGGUCCAGCGAUGAUCCACCGGAAAUCCGAAACAAGGUGUGGGAGUUUGCCGCGCCCUUCAUGCUCAAGAUCUUUGAGGGGGACCUGACGCCGGAGAAUUUGCAAUACUGGCUGACGUGCCUCCAUCUCAUCCUUGACUCCAAGGACCCGCGCCGGGCUCACGAGAUUGUGGACCACCUCAAAUCAUUCCGUCUCGAUAUGUCGUCCAAUGCCGCCUUCAAGGAGUCUUCCAAGAUCCAGUUGCUCGAAUUUUCCAUCGCUGACGCCGGAUGGCAUUUCCGCAAAGAGAAGCCGCUUUUGGAGGACUUUUUAACUCACAUCGACCACCCUUACAAAGCCGUGCGUGAGGCCAUUGCUCGUGUCAUAUCUACGAUCUAUAAGACGAGGUACUACGAAGCGUUUGAGAACGUGCAGACGCUGCUGGAAGCGAACAAGGAGGCUUCCUCGAUUGGUCUGCGGCCAUACAAAGCCUCGGAUGAAUUUACGGCUACAAUGACGAGCGUGUUUGAUCGGCUCGAGAAGUGGCGCCUUGAGCGAACCCCUGGACAGCAGGAUCAGUCUCCAUACACGUGUGGAUCCAAGACUGUGCUGGUGUGGCUUGAUUGUACAUUGUCAUCUCACGAGUGCACCCAGCUGGUGCCCUUCUUUGCAAUCCCGUUCAUGGAUCAGCUUCUACACAUGAUGGACGUAAAGGAGGAUCCCGAACUCAUGAAACUGGCAUAUCAUGUGUAUCGCCAUCUCCCCAAUAUCCCUUUCCGCGACGGAGAAGAUGCUCAAUUCAUCGAUGGACUAGUCAGAAUUGGCAGAACCGCGUCUAGCUGGCAUCAACGGCUGCGCGCGCUUGUCAAUAUGCAAGUUGUUUACUUCCGCCGCAUCUUCCUGACGGAAGAACCUCAGCGCGAUCUCUUGUUUACCACCGUAUCGGACAUGCUCGGUGACCCCCAGCUCGAGGUCCGAGCAUGCGCAGCAACGACGCUCGCAGGAAUGAUUCGCUGCUCUCCAAGCCGCAUCCGUGACCCCAUGAUUGUGCGCCUCAAGCGUCGCUUCGAGAUUGAACUGGAUCAAAACCCCAUGCCCAAGCGCGGGCCCAAGCUCCCCGGAACAGAAACGCCUGUCGACGUGCACAAGCAAAUCAACAGGAGACACGCCGCCGUCUUGGGCCUAGGUGCUCUUGUUGAGGCCUUCCCGUAUGCGACACCACCUCCCAAGUGGAUGCCGGAGGUGCUGGCGACUGUGGCCCGACGAGCUGCAGGUGAUCCAGGAGUUGUAGGCAAGGCAGCCAAGGGAAUUCUCAGUGAGUUCAAGAAGACGAGACAGGAUAGCUGGACUGUGGAUCAAAAGUAUUUCACUCAGGAGCAGCUAGAGGACUUGGAAGGAGUCUUGUGGAAGAGCUACUUUGCUUGAUCACCUUUAUUUUUUUCUUGUGCGGGUUCUCAGUUCAGAAAAAAGCAUGUAGAGGAGGUCGCUGGGAGUUGUAGACGCAAUAUACUGCAGAUUCAGCAUCGGCAUCGGCAUCGGUCUUUGGGUGAAGGGGACUCUGGGUGGAGCCAAGGAUUCGGAAUAUGGCAUACAAAGCAAAGUGCGGUAUAGGGAUGCGGGUGGACAGGACGCGGAGUCUCGCACUUGGGUAAACCGGGGAUUGGAAGUUCUCCCCUCUGUUAAUAUUUUGACUUUGCGGAGGCAUUGAUGGGAAAGUUUGUGUGGUGAGUUGGACGGAUGAUGGGAUACGAAUAAUGGUGAUGACUAGGUAGUUGUUAGUGUAUGAAAUCAUUAUGAGCAUGCAUUUGUGU